AUGAGUUAUAAUGAUGGAGAAUUGAAGAUUUUCAUGAAUAGAGCAAUUGAGUUAUCUAAGUGGGCUGCCAGUAAUAACGAAGUCCCUGUUGGCUGCGUUAUUGUAAAUAGAAUCACUAAGAAGAUUGAAUCAGAAGCGCAUAACGAGACUAAUAUAUCUAGAAAUGGAACUAGACAUUGCGAAAUCGUUGCUUUAGAAAAAUUGAUCAAUAAGUUAAAUUAUAUGAAUAGAGAAUUUAGUAACUCAACUCAGUCGAUCCAUCAAGACCAAGAUAAAUGUAACUGCCCUAAAUUUAGAUUCAAUUUCGGAAAUUUUUAUGAUUUAUUUGUAACCGUAGAACCCUGUAUAAUGUGUAUUGGAUUUAUUGAUCAGUUGGGAAUCAAUAAAAUAUUUUUCGGAUGUAAAAAUUAUCGUUUUGGUGGUUGUGGAUCUGUACUGGACUAUCACCAUUUAAAUAAAAUCUCCAAAAUAACUUUGACUUCCGGAAUAUGUGAGAAUGAAACAAUUAAAAUACUUAAAGAUUUCUAUGAAUCUGGAAAUCCAAAAGCUCCAGAAAAUAAAAGAAAAAGGCCCCUAAAAAUAUUAAACUGUUCAUUAUCCUGA